AUGCCAACUGCGACCCACUCGAUCUACCGCAGCCUCGACCAUGCCAACAACGAUCCACUCGACAACACGGCGGCCAACCUGCACUGGGUGACGCCAUCAUUCAACACCCUCAACAUGCGGAGGACCGCACCGUCUUCGGGCUUCUUUGGCUUCGCUAAAUCUGGGCAGCGUUUCAAAGUCGUUGUAGCAGGUGUGCCGAAUGGCACGUACAACAAUGCUGAGACUGCCACGCUCAUCUACAACAUCAUCACGCGGCUCAAGUACGGAUCUCAGCUCGACAAGACGCCGCACCUGCUCAACCAGGUCGGCGUCGGCGCGGAUUCUCUUGCAGACACGCUGCUUCGCGUCUACGAGGACUCGCUCUUGGCGCCGUCUCCACGAGUAGCAGCACCCGUGCUGCCGGCAGCCGUGCUACCUCCAGCAGCACCCUCACCUUCCUCGCUGGAGCCACCUUGA